GAUUUAGUAUUAGGGGGAACUCCCCUUUCUUAGCUGACAAAGCAUGAACAAAGUUUUCACUUUCUAUCAGUUUACUAAAGGGAAGUCUUUUAAAUAGACUUCAACAGUUACUUGCGAUAGUAUUCCCUUACGUCUGCGUUGAACGACGAACGACUUUCAUAUUCAUUAUGUGGUUGUCUUGCUCCAUUCCUUCACUUCUCGUGUUCGCUUUCUUAGUUCUUACAGUGAUGGGCACUGCGGCGGAUAAGAGCGCCGUUUUAACCUUGAAAGAGAAUUCAGCAGAGAACAUUGAAGGUUGCUAUGGUCAAAGGAAAGACCUUGCUUUGUGUUUCGUCAUAAACGAGACAUUUGUUCAGUUGAAGAGCAACGAUAACAGAACGUUAGCCCACUUCAGGGACUUACAGGAUGGAAUGUUCCUCUUUCAAGUACUGGACUAUGUGUUCCUCGGGAAAAAGUCGUCUAAAUUUCCUGUGUAUCUCAAGUUUAUUCCAAGAAAACACAGCAACCUACAUGACAAUACCUGGAAGGAAAUCUUCUACUUGGAAAACAAUUAUCCCGUGACAAACCGAGAUUCAGAGUUUUCUGACAAAUUUCAUUCGGCAUUGGACCGGCUGAAGAACACAAGGAAGCUUGUGUUAUUGCACCACCUGUCGACUGAAUUGAUAAAGAACGUAGGUAACCACCCUCUCUUGAUGCGGUUCCACAUGCUUGCUAUGACUUUAGAACCAAAAUACGGCUCUAAUGGCAGCGUUGUCCCAGGCAGCAGUGUGACACGAGAGAAGAGAGCACUUUUUCAAGAAGAUAAACACAAUACUUGUCAAGAUUUGCGUUCUGAUCCCUACAACAACGAUUGUUUAGGAAUGUGUGGCCUGGGAUGCACAUGUUGGUCCCGAAUUUGUGGCAAUUGUUGUCGAAAUCAGUUUUGCUAUGAACACGACCUGUGUUGUGGACAUGCUUGGAUCUCCACAGGCUGCUUACUACCGUUUAUUCACACAAUGAGUUGUGAAAACGGGUAUGGUGGCUACCCCAGCUGCCUACAAUGAGUAAACUUGACACUCCAUGUAAACAGACCAGCGAGACUACGCAGGGGGGGG